UAUAACUACGAUGCCAGGGGAGCGGAUGAACUUUCUUUACAAAUAGGUGACACUGUGCACAUCUUAGAAACAUAUGAAGGGUGGUACAGAGGUUACACCUUAAGAAAAAAGUCUAAGAAGGGCAUAUUUCCUGCUUCAUAUAUUCACCUUAAGGAAGCGAUAGUUGAAGGAAAAGGGCAACAUGAAACAGUCAUCCCGGGUGAGCUUCCCCUUAUACAGGAAGUCACCACAACACUCCGAGAGUGGUCCACCAUCUGGAGGCAGCUCUAUGUGCAAGAUAAUAGGGAGAUGUUUCGCAGCGUUCGACACAUGAUCUACGACCUCAUUGAGUGGCGAUCGCAAAUUCUUUCUGGAACCCUGCCGCAGGAUGAGCUCAAAGAACUGAAGAAGAAGGUUACGGCCAAAAUUGAUUAUGGAAACAGAAUUCUCGAUUUGGACCUUGUGGUUAGAGAUGAAGACGGGAAUAUUUUGGAUCCAGAACUGACUAGCACGAUCAGUCUCUUCAGAGCGCAUGAAAUAGCUUCUAAACAAGUGGAAGAAAGAUUACAAGAAGAAAAAUCUCAAAAGCAGAACAUAGAUAUUAAUAGACAAGCUAAGUUUGCUGCAACCCCUUCUCUUGCCUUGUUUGUCAACCUCAAAAAUGUGGUUUGUAAAAUAGGAGAAGAUGCUGAGGUUCUCAUGUCUCUUUAUGACCCUCUGGAGUCCAAAUUCAUCAGUGAAAACUACCUGGUUCGCUGGUCAAGCUCAGGAUUACCUAAAGAUAUAGACAGAUUACAUAAUUUGCGAGCUGUGUUUACUGACCUCGGAAGCAAAGACCUGAAAAGGGAUAAAAUCAGUUUUGUCUGUCAGAUUGUUCGGGUGGGUCGCAUGGAGCUGAGGGACAACAAUACAAGGAAACUGACCUCGGGGUUGCGACGACCUUUUGGAGUGGCUGUGAUGGAUGUAACAGAUAUAAUAAAUGGAAAAGUAGAUGAUGAAGAUAAACAGCAUUUCAUUCCCUUUCAGCCGCUCGCGUUGGACGACGCCAUUCGACACAAGCCGCUGAACAUGUCAUCCCGUUUUUCACCCAGGGUGGCAGGGGAGAAUGACUUCCUACAGACUGUUAUAAACAAAGUCAUCGCUGCCAAAGAAGUUAACCACAAGGGGCAGGGUUUGUGGGUAACGUUGAAAUUGCUUCCUGGAGAUAUCCAUCAGAUUCGAAAGGAGUUUCCUCAUUUAGUGGACAGGACCACAGCCGUGGCUCGGAAAACAGGGUUUCCGGAGAUAAUCAUGCCUGGCGAUGUUCGAAACGAUAUCUAUGUAACAUUAGUUCAAGGAGAUUUUGAUAAAGGAAGCAAGACAACGGCAAAGAACGUUGAGGUGACAGUGUCUGUUUAUGAUGAAGAUGGAAAACGACUGGAGCAUGUGAUUUUCCCGGGUGCUGGUGAUGAAGCGAUUUCAGAGUACAAAUCCGUGAUUUACUACCAAGUAAAACAGCCACGCUGGUUUGAGACCGUUAAGGUAGCCAUCCCCAUUGAGGACGUUAACCGCAGUCAUCUUCGGUUUACCUUUCGCCAUAGGUCAUCACAGGACUCUAAGGAUAAAUCUGAGAAAAUAUUUGCACUAGCAUUUGUCAAGCUGAUGAGGUGUAAUGGUACCACCUUGAGGGAUGGCGAGCAUGAUCUUAUCGUCUAUAAGGCCGAAGCGAAGAAGCUGGAAGAUGCGGCGACAUACUUGGGUCUGCCCUCCACCAAGACAGAGUUGGAGGAAAAGGGCCACUCAGCCACGGGCAAGAGCAUGCAGAGUCUGGGGAGCUGCACCAUCAGCAAAGAUUCCUUCCAGAUCUCAACUCUAGUGUGCUCCACCAAACUGACCCAGAAUGUGGACCUUCUGGGGCUUUUGAAGUGGCGCUCCAACAUCAACUUGCUGCAGCAGAACUUGAGGCAGUUGAUGAAAGUGGAUGGUGGCGAAGUUGUGAAGUUUCUCCAGGAUACCUUGGAUGCCCUCUUCAACAUCAUGAUGGAGAACUCAGAGAGUGAGACCUUUGAUACAUUAGUGUUUGAUGCUCUGGUAUUUAUCAUUGGACUAAUUGCUGAUAGAAAAUUUCAGCAUUUUAACCCUGUUUUGGAAACAUACAUUAAGAAACACUUCAGUGCAACGUUAGCCUAUACGAAGCUGACGAAAGUAUUAAGGAACUAUGUGGACAAUGCUGAGAAGCCGGGGAUAAAUGACCAGCUGUACAAAGCUAUGAAAGCCUUAGAGUACAUCUUCAAGUUCAUUGUGCGCUCACGGAUACUGUUCAAUCAACUAUAUGAAAACAAAGGAGAGGCUGACUUUGUGGAGUCUUUGCUGCAGCUGUUCAGAUCCAUCAAUGACAUGAUGUGCAGCAUGUCAGACCAGACGGUCAGGGUGAAGUUAGGCCCAGGCAUUCUGAAAGUUCAACAAAUGCUUUGCGUCUCCUUCUUGGCCAUCUGCUUCUCUCUCUUUGUCCUACCUUACAGGAGGGUCCUCUCACCGGUUGCUGCUGCCCUCGGGGAUACCAUUGCUAAGCGCCAGCUGUUCCGUGGUGUUUGGAAACAGAGCCCAUACCCAUAUCUGCAUCAGUGGAUUAUGGUUCCAAGCCGGUGUCUGGGAUUCAUACUGCUACUCAUGAAUGUGUACAUUUUGAAUUUGAUUGUCCUCAGAAAAAAGGGCCUGAAUGUUUUAGCGAGGGUGACCAAUAAGGACCCGACACAAUAUGAUUUGCUCGCUGAUGAGGAAAUCGGCUUUCACCUGACACCUCACA